AUGUCGAGCGAGAACAAGUCGCGUGUGAUGAGCAAUCGCGAGUACGAUCGGUUUCUCAAGGACAAGAAACUGGAAGCAUUUAAGCGCUGCGACCCUCUCGUGCAAGAAUUCGUCCACUGCUCCCAGAACCGCCUGCUGUCUGUGGCCUGGGCGUGUCGCCAGCAGAACCGCAACAUGUUCAACUGCCUGAGAGAAUAUAUGUCGGACGAGGCUAUGGCAAAGGCCGAAAAGGAAUACCUGGACAAGAACCGCCCCAGCUCUUAA